AUGCCUUCAAUAAAAGCCUACACCCAGUAUGAAACCCUCGCCUUCUGCCAGUCCGUCGCCUAUCAUGGCUCCGAUACAGCUGCCUUCGAGGACAUCUCGACCGCCUUGAACGGCAACCACCUCAUCCGCGACAGCGACACAUACGAUCAGACUCGUCUCACCGCAGCUGCUCUGCAACAGCUAUACUACGACCUUCUUGCCGAGGAGAAAAAUACGCAGAAAAUUCCGACCGUUAAUGGCGACGAUGGGUCGUCAAAUGGCACAAACCCGCGAAAGCGCAAGCUGUCGCGGUCGCCUGCUCCCGAGGACGCGGCAUACACAGACGAGCAGAGGUCACUAGAGUCCCUGGUAGACAAGCUCUACGCUCGCUUUCGAGAGCAGAUGAUCAAGGAGGUCAGGCAGGAAGAGGAGGACUAUUUGAGGCUGCAGGCUGAGAUCGCGCAGCUGGAGCACGAGGAAUUCGAGGACCAAAUUCAACAGCCGCCCGCAGGAGAGUCCGGCAACAACCAGGCUCAGCCGCAGUCCGAAACGUCCAAAAAGACAGAAGACAUAGUCGAGAAGGCGCACACUGUUCAGGCGAGCUCGCAGGCAACACCUGCCUCAGCCGCGCCUGGCACUGAUGCCGCCCGUCUCGUGCAGGUCGCGUCGACUGCGGCACCUGCAGCCGUCGAUGUGCGGACGUCUCCCUCUGUUCGGACUGGCCUGCCGCCACCUCUGGCGCCCUCGCAUCCUCCACCUCCUGCAUCUCCUGCUCUGCCUCUUGCAAGAGCUUCGCAACCGCCUCCAGCAGCCCCGCCGCCGCCACAACAAUCGCCGGGAGCCUUUCAUCGCACGCUACCCAUUCCGUCGCCGCAACGACCUAACUAUGGCCCGAUCAACCCUCAGCAUUUCCAGCCCGGACCCCAGGGUCAACCUAUGCCCGUUCUGCCACCGUAUACGGGCUCACCGCAUAUGCUACCGCCUACCGAGUAUCCCCAUCAGAAGCGUGGAAGUGCUUCACCCGCUCAAGGAAGAGGUUCUCCCGUCCCUGGCCUCCAGCACCAGCACCAGCAACCGUAUCCGGGUUACUCUGGCUACCCUCAACAGCCUCCCUGGCCGCAUCAUCCACCUGCCCAGCAACAGUAUGGUCAGCCACCACAUUUUCCAAAUCCACCAUAUUACGCUCAAUCACCCACGAGCCGUCCUCCCAUACAGUACCAGACACCACACCAUCCACAAUAUGCGCCGUACCCCCAAAGUGCCCCUAUCCACUACCAAGGCCAGCCACCGCUUCCUCAUGCCUGGCCACCGCCUCAGCCUGGUCAGCCUUACUAUGGGUAUUACGGUUCGCCAAACGUGACUCCUGUUCUGCGAAGCGACUCGAGGCGAACCGUACCGAGAGCGCGAUCAUCCACGCCCUGGAAGCGACGUGUUCAGCAGCCGGGUGGUGCACGGCCGUCAAGUCCAAUUCGACCAGAGAGAGAAGUUAGUCCCAUCUCAGAUACAGAGUCACUCACUCAGACCAAGAAAUCCCGGGGCAGCACAGAACGGACAGCAGAGAAGAGCCAACGUACUCCGCGAGCCACCGCACCGCCGGUCAGAGGCCGCCAGCAAGCCAGUGCCACUCCGUCGGCAUUUGCAGGAUCAAGAUCUCAAUCGAUAGCAUCGUUUGCAUCCGAUGUGCCUACCAGCAAGGGCAAGAAGGCUGGGGUUUCUCACAGCGUUAAAGCGGAACCACCCGGUACACCUGCGCCGAUCCCUUCUGACACGGAGCAGCAGCAGCCACAAAGGACUACGGGCCGGCGCGGAAGAGCUCGUGCAAGCACGUUGACUGCCAAACCAGAGCCAGCUGUACCGGCUCUUGGUACUAAUAAGCGGAAGCGCUCAGGUGGCCAUGACUCGGCAAGCCCGCCACCAUCAGUCGCACGACAGCUACCUUCUCCAGCUGCGACGGCUUUGACGCGCGUUCAGCCACCUCCAUUACGCCGCCAAUUCUCGCUGUCUCUCUUGGCUGAUCCCUCGCUGGUCGCAGUCACCAGGAACUUCAGCAAGACUUCGCAGCUGCUUCUUAACGAGAUCAACUCGCACAAACUGGCCGGAAUUUUCGCUAAGCCGCUUUCCGAAAGGGAUGCACCUGGAUAUAAGGACCUGGUGUUGCGACCGCAGGACCUGAAGAGCAUCAAGGCAGCUAUCUCGAAGGGUGGGAAAGCGGCAUUGGCGGCUAUUGAGGCAUUCGAGGAGAGAACAGGCAAUGCAAAUGCAGGGUCAGAGGAUGCAGACGGCGACAAGACACCCAUGCAGAACACUCCGGCGUCGACUACGGCAGGCGUUCCGCUUGCUGGUGAAAGAGCUUUUGGAAACGGCGUCUAUCUGGUUAGGGCGUCAGAAGACCUUGUCCCACCAAAAGCAAUUGUGAACUCGGCUCAGCUUGAACUGGAACUCGUGCGAAUGUUUGCAAAUGCAGUCAUGUUCAAUCCACUACCAAGCUCUGAGAGAGGCUUUGGACGCUCACUCCGCCUACGCCGAAGAGGAGGAGACGUUGCACCUCAGCUCACGGCAGGAGAUGAGCAGCACGCCGAGAGCAGCGAAUCGGACGAUGGUACCCCAUCUGAAGUAGGUGGCAUCAUCUCCGACACCAGGGAGAUGUUCGAGGAUGUCAUCGCCAUGGUGAGGAAAUGGAGAGAAGCCGAACUGGAACGUCUCGGCGAUGUGGGCGAGGCGGACAUGAUUUCUUCGACUCCGACAGCCGGGCCGUCCAAGCCCACGACGCAAGCGAGCGGCAGCGGCAAUGUCAGCGCCACCGUCAGCGCGAAUCCUAGCCUGAGACAGUCCGAGAGCGAAGAGAAUGAGGACGAAACCGGUGGUGCGCCCAGUCCACCUCCCGCCUCCGCCACGGGGACGGCAAGAAAGAGAAGGCGUAUAGCGGAAUGA